AUGAGGAACCUGGCAGAGCUGGAUAAUGCUGUUGCCAGCUUCUCGGAUGGAAACGGAAAGACAGUUAUUGAGUACAAGCCUUCCGAAGCUCCCAUUCACCUCCUACCUAGCCGCACACCUCUGGAGUUCUCUGCCAACGCCACAUACUUCUUAGUGGGCUGCCUUGGUGGUCUGGGAAGAAGCUUGACAUCGUGGAUGAUGAAGAGAGGCGCCAAGCGCUUCACUUCUCUUUCUAGGUCGGGCACCGAUGCUGAGCAAGCGGCCCUUCUGGUGCGCGACAUUCGGGAAGCGGGAGCAAUAGUACAAGUCAUUCGUGGAGAUGCCAGCGUCCGUGCCGACGUUGACCGUGCUCUGGAGAGCGUGCCGGCUGAGUUCCCUGUCCGUGGUGUGGUGCAAGCCGCGAUGGUACUGAGAGACGGUCUUUUCCAGUCUAUGAAUCAUCGCAACUGGACGACUUCGAUUCAACCCAAGGUCUUCGGUACAGUGAACUUGCACAAUGCCUUGAAAGACCAACAGCUGGAUUUCUUCGUCUGCACAAGCUCGAUUUCUGGAGUGUUGGGAACGCCGGGUCUGACCAAUUAUUCUGCCAGCAACGCCUACCUCGAUGCAUUAGCCUGCCAUCGGGUCUCUCAAGGUUUACCUUGCUCAUCACUCGUGCUCCCCAUGAUCUCUGGUGUAGGCGUGGUGGCCGAGAAUCUGGAGAUUGAAGAAGCCCUCAAACGUAAGGGUAUCUACGGGAUCGAUGAGGAGGACCUCUUGGAGUCAUUCGAAGCUGCGAUGAUGACACAGACCACCGAGAAACCUUUCGACCAUGUUAUUGCCGGCCUUGAUCCCGCCAGGUUACAGAAGGUACUCUCUGGCAACGAUGUUACAGAUGCAUUCUGGUUGCAAGACGCACGCUUCAAGGGUCUCAUGCACACCAUCUCCGCGGCCUCGGGAGCAAGUGCCCCUGGGUCCGAUCACUCCAUCUUGGACGAGAUAGGCGCCGCCAGCUCUCCGCAAGCAGCCAUCGAGGCUAUUGCCAACCAUUUUGCCGACAAGCUGUCUCGACUGCUGAUGGUCGACCGUGACGAUUUCGAGCCGGAUACCAUCUCCAUUGCGGACUACGGUCUUGACAGCAUGAUUGGUGCGGAGCUGAGGAACUGGAUCUUCAAGGAAUAUGGGCUUGAUAUUCCGUUCCAGCAGCUUCUUGGGCAGGGUAUGACUAUCAACAAGUUCGCGGCGCAGGUUUGUAAGGUCAAUGGCAUUGAGUAG